AUUUGAACCAUUGGAUCCGUGUGCAGAUUUCAAAUGUGGCGUUGAAAUCUGUUUUUUAUUUUUGGUUCUGUAGUUCUCUCAAUUAUGAGUAAUUUCGCUUCCUCUGCAUUUUCUUGUGCUUUUAAAAGCUGGAAGACACAUGGACGUGGAUUGUUAAGUAUGUUUUACUGCUUUAUAGAGUGAUUAGUUGUUGCCCGCUAUGGAAAUAAUGCGUGGAAUACGUGCGAAAAUCUAACACUCUCACGGGUUUCAGACGUUGAUGUUCACGAAGAUUGCAACAUUUCGGGGCAUUGCAAAACGGCCGAAUGCCGCAAAAGUAGUGAGUAUUUUAGAUCAAAUUUUGUUCAUGUAGUAUAAACGGGGAAUCGUUUUUUGCCUAAAUAUCCGAUGAUAAGCCUUAUUUCCCGGUAUCAUGAAGCAAAUUCGAGUGCUGUGUGAUUAAUACGUCCUGCUCCUGACGUUUUGAUCCCACGUUUAUGAAGAGAAAUGAGUUUUUGCCAAUGAAUUGUGGUGUUUGUGGCUGAAUAGGCGAGACGGAUUUCUAGACAAACUAGUCAGUUUUAAAACAACAGGUGUUGAAUUUGGAGCAAGCUUAAUUCAUUCGUUCGACUAACAAGCAUAUUGGCACUACAUCUGAAGUCAGUUCGUGAUGAAAACCCUUCCUCCAGUUUCUAACCCCGACGUCCAUUUGUAAAUAAUAACCCUAAUUCCUUAAAAUGAUAUAUGAUCAUCUCUUAACCAUAGUUAGUAGGUAAUCAGUCUGAGGAUUUCUUUAGCGUCCCUUUAGGAUCGUUCGAAAUUGGUCUCAUCAGUCAAUCGGUUAUGAGCAGGUAAAAGUCAAAACCCAGGGGGACCUUCAGAAGGUAGUGGUUCCCUCAACUCCGCCAAUGUGAACCAUCAUAGUAUCGGUUCUAAGGAACGUCUUGGUGGUGCUGGAGGAGGAGGCUCUGGAAAUGGCACUGGCUCUUUCAUAAGAUGUAACAAAUGUGGUGGUCCUUUAAAAUCCCUUGAUCCAAAAGCAUCAUAUAUAUCACGUUUCAUGGAGUGUGAAGCAUGUGAACAACUCUACGAAUUAACAGAUAAGAGUGAUCUCUCAUCAUUUAGUAAUGUAGAUGAAAGCCGACAUCUUUCGCUCGUUAGUCCUAAGGAGAUACAUCAAUACUUAGAUCGCUAUGUGGUAGGUCAAGAUAAAGCCAAAAAAAUUCUUGCCGUCCAAGUAUAUGCUCAUUACAAUCGUAUACAGUAUAAUCGGUCACUGGCUACCUCGGAAGAUAAUGGAUUUAAUUCAAAUAAUUUAAACUCAGGGACAAAUGAAGCCAAACCUACUGUAAAUAAUCAUUAUUCCCCAAAUGAAUUUUCGGGUACACGUUCUUGUACACCUGUAAAUUAUCAGAGCAGUUUAAGUCAACCCUCUGUAUCUGAAUUAUUUAAUUUGUCACGCAAUGGUUCACUAAGUUCAUCAAAAAAUCCAUUUACACAUGGAGGUAGUCCAACAAGUUCAUUUCCAUUUCCAAUUACUUUAGAAAAUUUAUCUGAUAUGAAGGAUGAUCGAGAAAAACAUCGUGCCUCACGGAUUCUUAAAGAUGAUGUUGAUCGUCCAUUAAAAUUGGAAAAAAGCAACAUUAUAUUGUUAGGCUCAACAGGUUCAGGCAAAACACUGUUGGCCCAAACUUUGGCUAAUUAUUUAAAUGUACCUUUCGCUCUUUAUGAUUGUACAAGUAUAACCCAAGCUGGUUAUGUUGGUGAAGAUGUUGAAUCAACCAUUGGUAGAUUAUUACAAAAUGCAAAUUUCAAUGUGGAACUUGCUCAACAAGGUAUAGUGGUUCUAGAUGAAAUAGACAAAAUAAGCUCUAAAACUGGGCAUCAUCAUGCUGCACGAGAUGUCAGUGGUGAAGGUGUUCAACAGGCUAUGUUAAAACUGUUAGAAGGUUCACUUGUUAACGUACCUGAUGUCAAAAGUCCGCGUAAAUUACGUGGUGAAACUUUCUUAGUGGAUACAACCAACAUACUUUUUAUAGCCUGUGGUGCAUUUAAUGGACUUGACAAGAUAAUUAGUCGACGAAAACAUAAAAAGACUAUUGGAUUUGAUAUGUUGACACCUUUGAAUGAAUCGACUACACGAGAUAAUUGCACUUCAUCAGUCAAUCCAAAUACGACAGAUUUUGUAAAUUUAUUUCAAAGUUUUGAAAGUUCAGCUCAUGAAGAAAAUGCUGAACGUGAUAAAUUGUUACAAGAAGUUGAAGCUAAUGAUCUUAUUACUUAUGGGAUGAUACCGGAAUUCGUUGGUCGUUUCCCUAUAAUUACUGCUCUACAUUCAUUAAAUGAAGAAAUGCUUGUCCGUGUUCUUACAGAACCACGUAAUGCACUGAUAAAACAAUAUCAAUUACUUUUUAAUAUUGAUGGUUGUGAACUGAGAGUCACUCCUGAUGCUCUAAAAGCUAUUGCUCGACUGGCAUUAAGUCAACAUACAGGAGCUCGAGGUCUUCGUUCAGUCUUGGAAAAUCUACUCUUGCAGCCACGUUACGAUGUUCCAGGAUCGGAUAUAUCAACUGUAGUUCUUACUGAGGGUGCUGUACUUGGUCAUUCCCCACCAGAAUAUCAUAGAGUUGUAUCUCCUGUUUCGUCAGUCGUUUCAUGAUCUGUUUCGUCAUCCCACUCUUAUAAUAAUAAUAGCUAUUGUUUAUGGAUGUGUAUUCCAAAGCACAUAUACCACAGACACAAAUAUCUAUUCUUUUAUUCAGAUUUUGUUAUGAGUAAAAUACCGUUAUUAUUAUUAUUAUCUCCUGUCUAAACAGUCAGUGAUUGACGAUCGUAAUGAUGAUCAGCUUGGAUUAUAGGAGAAUGAUUUGUAUGAUUGACAGAAGAUAAUUCAGUUCUGUUAUGUUUACUUUAAUUUAUCGUGCUCAGAUUUAUUUUUUAUCCUUCUUGGUGUUUUUUUGUCUAUGCUGGCUAAUUUCUCACGUGAACACAUUUCAAUAAAUACAUUAGUAUAUUCUUUAUUCUCAAUUUAUUUAUUUCACUCUAGUUAAAUUAAUUCUGUACAUUUCAAGAAGUUUAUGUCGGCAACCAUUACUUAUUAAUAGUGUUCAGUUUUUUUUGCAUUCUAAUGUAUACAAAUGUUUGGAUUUGUGCCUACUAUUCAAAGCAAUAUUAGUUUUUGUUGGUCUAUUUCAAAUCAUUUCUAAUACGAUGUCAAUUUGUGAUGUUACUGUCUUUUUCUACGAUAGUUAUUGAUCUAUUUCAUGAUGAAGGAUAAUACAAUACAAUCCAUUGAAAUAAGGAGGAUGUAAAAAAAAUUUGUAUGAAUUCAGUACUUAAUAGACAAAUUGUUUGUUCCAAUUUAUUGUUAUCAUUAUUAUUUGAAUUUGAUCCCAUUUAUCUUGUUAUCCCAUAAAAAAUUAUUUAUAUCUAGUAAAACACAUUUGUUAGAUGG